AGGAGGAGGUGCUGCUGCACAGCAGACUCUGUGAGGAGAUGAAUACAGCUGUGCAGAGAGACAGAGGGGGAUGCACAAACAGUAAAACAAGCAGCCACCCCUAACUCAUACACAGCGGGGCUAAAUAGUACAAGCAGCAGUGAUUUACUUGUAGAUGGAGUAAAAGCUGGGAAAUAAUCAUAAACACUGAAGAAAAACAGACCAGUCUGUGCCACCUGGCAACGCUUGGAACAGAAAACUGGAAGAGGAAACAAAGGAAGGAAGAAAGAGGAAAGGAGUGACCUGGUGAGAAGAAGGAAAACUAGAAGACGGAAAACAGCUGCUGACUUGCCUUUCUGCUAAUCCAUGAUGUUAGACCUCCUUCUGAUCCUGUCCCUGACCUUUACACAGAGCUGUUGUGUGUUUCCUACACAUCCCUGGGGCGAAUGGAACGACUCUCAACUCCAGCCAACAAUUCAGAAGCUGAUGAAAGGUUACAACCGCUACCUCAGGCCCAAUUUUAAUGAGGGACCUGUGGAAAUUGGAAUGAGUCUUGAUAUCGCCAGUAUUGAUGCCAUCUCUGAAAUCAAUAUGGACUACACAGCAACUAUCUUCCUUCGUCAGCGGUGGCGAGAUUCCAGGCUGGUGUUUCCUGGAAAUGAGAGUGUGAGUGUGGAUGGGCGCCUGGUGUCACUGCUGUGGAUCCCUGACACUUUCAUCCCUGACUCCAAGCGUUCUUUCCUGCAUGAUGUCACAGUGGAAAAUCGACUAAUACGCAUAUUCAGCAAUGGAACUGUUCUAUAUGCCUUACGCAUCACAGCUACAAUUGCUUGUAAUAUGGACCUUACCAAGUAUCCCAUGGACAGACAGGAGUGCACCCUGCAGCUGGAGAGCUGGGGCUAUAAUCUGCAGGAUGUGGUGUUUUACUGGACCAGAGGGAAUGAUUCAGUGAGGGGCCUCGACACACUGCGGCUAGCUCAGUACAGUAUAGAGAGCUACUAUACAUCAGUGUCACAAGCUGUGUAUGAAACAGGACAAUACCCUAAGCUGGUGCUACAUUUUGCUCUACGUAGAAAUGUGUUGUUCUUUAUCUUGGAGACGUAUGUUCCUUCUAUCCUUCUGGUGGUUCUCUCCUGGGUCUCUUUCUGGAUCAGCCAGUCCUCUGUACCAGCCCGGACUUGUAUUGGAGUGACUACAGUCCUGACAAUGACGACUCUAAUGAUGGGUGCCCGUACCUCUCUGCCCAACGCUAACUGCUUCAUCAAGGCCAUAGAUGUUUACCUGGGUAUUUGCUUCACCUUCAUCUUUGGGGCUUUGCUGGAGUACGCCUGCGCUCACUUUUACACCAUGCAACACCAGACGAUAGAGGAAAUACACAGGGAUCUUCUGAGGGAGUUCAAUGAAUCCAAUGGAAAUGGCUCGAUCCCUAUCGUCAGCUCCAGCCAACCGAACCAAUCUGUGGAAAUUGGUUCCACUGCAGAUGAGACCACAGAGCAAUCAGUAAACAACGACACAAAGAGCAACGCCGGAUCAAAAGAAAAAACACCAGGACAAGGAUGCGGCCUGUCCUCAGUGAAAGAUGCUUCUCGCAGGGCUGCAUCCGUCUUUAUUGUAGAAAAUCCACACAACAUUGACCGUCACGCUCGCACUGUUUUCCCCACGGCUUUUCUCUUUGUCAAUAUACUUUACUGGCUUUACUAUCUGUUUCUCUAAGUGCUACCUCUGAGUUGUUGCCUAUAGUUCAUUUCACCAUCCUAAAGCUGCUCUACCUCCUCAUUUAAGACCCAAUGUUAGUCACCACUGCCUGGAUCUUAAAUUACCAUAAAAACUUUUGGGUUAGAGCCUUUUUGUACCAUACAUAUACCAGAAUUUUUAUUCAUAUUUAUUACAUAUGAGUGGAUGGCUACCAAGAUAUCAGCAUGUGUAUUCUGUCAAAUCCACUGAACAAAUGAAGAUAAGUUGAAGCUAUUAACUUGGCUAUAAGUAGGUUGCCUGAACUGCGUCACACUACGCUGCAUUGAAUUGCCUUCAUAAAAAUGACUGAUGUGUUUUCUCUUGUUUUGUUUUCAUACUGUACAUUCCAUUUCUAAAACCUUUUAUUUUUCACAGCAUACCAUGAAAAUUAAAAGAAUAAAUCAAUUACAGCAAGUGUAUUUGUGUGUUACAAUUACAAAGAAAUAAUAAACACGUAAAACAACUGGUUAAUGAUAACACUUUUUAUUAACCCCUAAAGUUUUGGAAAUAAGACAUUUGAAGUUAUUAUUCCCUUAUGCAGGUAGGAGAACAGUAAAGUGCAAAAGUCACCCACAGGUUUAGGACAGAAGUUGUUAAAGUGAAAUAUAUAUAUA